CCCCGGGGACAUUGGCUGCUUCACCAUUUAUUUCCUGAACCUGGUGAGGCUGGAGCCAGGGGAGGCCAUGUUCCUGGGAGCCAACGAGCCCCACGCCUACCUGCACGGAGACUGCGUGGAGAUCAUGGCGUGCUCGGAUAACACGGUGCGUGCCGGGCUCACCCCCAAAUUCAUCGAUGUGCUCACCCUGUGUGAGAUGCUCAACUACACACCAGCACCCAGCAGCUCCAAGAUCUUCCCUGCAGCGCAGAGCCAGCUGGAUCCCCACGUCUACCUCUAUGACCCACCCGUGCCAGACUUCACCAUCAUGAGGAUAGAG